CUGCCACCUGAUCAGCAGCGUAAGUAUAAAAAUGUCUUUGAUGCGCUGAUACGUGUGGUCAAAGAAGAAGGAGUUUUAACGCUGUGGCGGGGUUGCGGACCUACUGUUCUUCGAGCAAUGGUUGUGAAUGCCGCUCAGCUGGCAACCUAUUCACAAUCAAAGGAAGCUCUUUUGGCAACAGGCAAAUUCAAGGAUGGCAUCUUACUGCAUUUUUCAGCAUCCAUGAUUAGCGGAUUAGCAACCACAAUAGCAUCAAUGCCUGUUGAUAUCGCAAAGACAAGGUUAAUUUUGCGAAAGUAA